AUGUCAUCGCCAACGGCACAGCUGCCACCUACCCAAGAAGGAUCUGAACAUGGAGAUCAAGGUUCAGACCAGCUUGAGCUAAGACGAUCGGCUCAGAAUAAAGACAGCAAGAGCGUGACUCUGCGGCCUGCCCAUGUCGAGACUGGAAAAGAGCAAUUUAAUAUCCUGGUCAGAUCAAUGCAGACACCAGCAGAUAGGAAGUGCAUCUCUAUGGUUUGCACCGAUGGAGUCUACAGGAUUCUCCACUAUUUACCCACACCGCCCAAUCUACCAACUGAAUACGAAAUAUACGACGCGAAACCCAUGUCACCAGCGAUGAUCAAGGCUUAUCUUGACACACGACGUUGGAGCCAAGCGACGGAAGACCAGUUCCGUGGAGCCGAUGGAAGAACGAUCCCGCAGGAACAGUGGUUGAGGCCUCCACCAGGCAUUAUUCCACCAAUGGGCUCCAAGAAAGAGCGCGAUGAUAACAUGAGAAAGUAUCGCGAGGAAGAGGAGCAGUCAGAACAGAAAAUCGCGCGGGGAGAGAUCAGCCCAAAGGAGCCCAUGGCGUGUAACAGCAUCAAAAGUGACUAUGAUCUGAGCCCUCGCUAG